UCAUUCGAUCUCUCUCUCUCUCUCGGUCUUCGACGACUGCUCUCUCUGUACCGGAGACGGCGUCACGGGACGAAUUGAUUCGCCGGUAUACUAAUUUUUUGUCGUUUGAACGCCAAAUCGGCUUUAAUCUCAGGCGAUCCGAUCGAAAUGAGUAACAGCGAGCUUCUCAACGUCGAGCCUCUGGACCUUCAAUUCCCUUUUGAAUUGAAGAAGCAGAUCUCUUGCUCUCUUUACUUGACGAACAAGACCGACAAUAAUGUGGCCUUUAAGGUUAAGACGACGAAUCCGAAAAAGUAUUGCGUCAGGCCUAACACUGGUGUUGUUCUUCCAAGGUCCACUUGUGAAGUUCUUGUGACCAUGCAAGCUCAAAAGGAAGCUCCUUCCGAUAUGCAGUGCAAGGACAAGUUUCUGCUUCAAGGUGUAAUUGCUAGUCCUGGAAUCACGGCAAAGGAAGUUACUCCUGAGAUGUUCAGCAAAGAGGCUGGCUAUCUAGUUGAGGAGACUAAACUGAGAGUUACCUAUGUUGCUCCACCGCAACCACCAUCACCGGUUCACGAAGGUUCAGAAGAAGGUUCUUCACCAAGGGCCUCAGUUUCUGAUAACGGACAUGCAUCUGAAUUCUCUUUUCAGAGAUUUAGCGCUGACAAGGUUGAGCCUCUAGAAAACACAUCUGAGGCAAAGGCUCUCAUCACAAAGCUAACCGAGGAAAAACAGUCUGCCAUUCAACUGAACAACAAACUUCAAAGAGAACUGGAUCAGUUGAGGCGUGAAAGCAAGAGAAGCCAAAGUGGUGGUAUCCCUUUCAUGUACGUUCUUCUGGUCGGACUAAUCGGUCUAAUUUUGGGAUACAUCAUGAAGAGAACUUAACAACCCACCUGAGCUUUUUCUCCCACACCGCCAACGCCACGAAGAAAGGAACAAAAAGAAACAGACUUUUAACUCGUUUUUCAGUCGUCGGACAUAUACUAUUUUCUCUCUCUGUAUUUGACGAAUUCACCUUAAAAGAAGGUGUCUUAGAGGAUUCGUGUUCUGGUAGUGAAAAUUUCAUAACUCAGUUUGCUUUGUUUUUGUUUCUUAUUUUAUAACUUUUUUUUAUUUGUAAUCCAAUGACUCUUGGUGGGGUUCUUUCUCCGCAAAUUCGUCUUGUUUUUUAUUUUAUUUGUUUUGUGACCAA